GCAGGAACAGUUAUAUAAGGUAAGGGACUAGAGGACAAUUUCAAGGUUGAAUAACCUUCGGUCUUCGUACUGCGUUUACAAGUCUAGACUAACUCUGUAGACUCUCUAUAUGAUUGUGUUUGAAGUGUAGUUUCGCGACAUGAUUUGGGUAGACGGAGCAUCAACAAGUACGAUAAGUCCCCUAUCGAACACUAGCUUUCAGGGAUGGAAAGAUCUCCUCCUGAAGCUGUUGGUAAAAAGACUUGAGGUUUUUAUAUACAAACAACAUAAUAAGACUAUCUCCUUUCUUUUGUCUCUCUUUUGUAUUUUUGUUUUCGUGAUUGGCCAUUCCGUUCAAACCAGCGACCAGUUCUCAGAAUUCGAUGGUGACUGUAUCAAAACAAGACGCUCCUAAUCAUGACAUGAUCAAAAAAGCCAGUCCUCCUGAUGUUUAUCUAAUCCAUAUCCCCGUAGUUGGAGCACUACCUAGUGCACACAG